CAAGUCCAAGCCAGGCUCGGCUCUUCAGGGACCCCCUAUGCAUUUUCUGGGACUAUGGGGGCCCCUCCAGGCUUCUCCCCCUGACUCUGCCCCUGGGUCCCCCUGGAAAGCGUGGGAGCCCCCGUGGGCCCCGUGGUCAGCCCGGGCCCUACAGACUGCACAAUCAGAGGCGAGGCCGAGCCCAGGACCUGGAAGCGCCAGAGCAGCUGACGAGGGUGCUUGGAAGCCCAGGCCGGCCUGGGCAUAAAUAGCCCGGGUCAGCACAGCUCGGGGAUAAAAUUAGCUGCAGCCUCAGCCCUCCCAGCUCCGCUGCUCGCUUGGGGUGCUCCUUAGGGGCAAGGGCAGCAUGGAAGGCACCGUUUCCACAGCCAGGGCCUCCACCAAAAUCACCAAGAAAACCUUCCUUGAGGCUCUGAGAGCAAAUGACUUUGGGAAGCUGAAGGCGCUUUUAGUCCAAAGGAAAGCUGAUGUGGAUACAGUGUUUGAAGUGGAGGAUGAGAACAUGGUGUUGGCGUCUUACAAGCAAGGCUACUGGCUGCCCAACUACAAGCUGAAGUCAUCCUGGGCCACUGGGCUGCAUUUAUCCGUCCUCUUUGGUCACACUGAGAGCCUCCUGGUGCUACUGGACCAUCACGCCACUAUCAACUGUCGCCCCAAUGGGAAGACCCCUCUCCACGUGGCUUGUGAGGUGGCCGACGUCGAGUGCGUCAAGAUCCUGUGUGACCACGGGGCAAAGCUCAACGCCUACUCCUUGAGCGGGCACACAGCCUUACACCUGUGCACCACGGAGAGCGCCAUAGCUUGCGCCAAGCAGCUGGUGUGGAGAGGCGCUAACGUGAACAUGAAGACCAACAACGCGGACGAGGAGACGCCGCUGCAUGUGGCGGUACGUAGUGGUCUGCCCGAGCUGGCCGCCUUCUACAUGGACCACGGCGCCUUGGUGGACAGCGUCAAUGCCCACCUGGAGACCCCGCUGGCCCUGGCUGCCUACUGGGCGCUGCGGUUCCGGGAGCAGGAGUACAGCCCCCAGCACCACCUCGCCUGCCGCCUGCUGCUGGCAGCCAAGGCCCAGGUCAACGCCCGCGACGAGGACUUCAAGGCGCCGCUGCACAAGGCGGCCUGGAACUGCGACGAGAGCGCCAUGCGGCUGCUGCUGGAGGCUGGGGCCGAGGCCAACCUGCUGGACGUCAACGGCUGCGCCGCCAUCCAGUACGUGCUCAAGGUGACCCCGGUGCGCCCCGCGGCCCGGCCCGACCGCUGCUACCAGCUGCUGCUCAACCACGGGGCCGCGCGCAUCUACCCGCCCCAGUUCCACAAGGUGUUGGAGUCUUGCCAUGCCUGCCCGCUGGCGGUCGAGGUGGUCGUCAAUGCUUACGAGCAUAUCGCGUGGACCCCUAAGUGGAAGAAGGCGGUUCCAGAGGACAGCCUGGAGAGGCACUGGGACUUCUACCACUCUCUCUUCACCGUCUGCAGCAACACCCCCAGGUCCCUCCUGCACCUGGCCAGAUGUGCCGUGCGCAGGGCCCUCCUCAGUGGCUGCCACAGGGCCGUCCCCCUCCUGCCCCUGCCCGGCCAUCUCAAGAGCUACCUGCUUCUGGAGCCCGAGGGCGUUGUGUACUGAGCCGCACGUGGCCGCAGGGCCCGGGUGGGCAGGCGGCCCUGCCCCCACUGCCCCCAAGCUCCGCCCCUCUGAGGAGAGGUGGGG